GAUGUGACGCGGCUGUUUACGUCACCGAUGACGUCACGCGAGCACACCUGCACCUGCUUCCACUGAAUACCACCUUCCUUCAGACGCGGGGGCAGGAGCUCGCGCCCGGCUGAGAUGGCUGAGUCCCGCAGAGUUCAGUUGACCACGUUGUCCGGUGACCACGGACCUGCAUCCCCCGGGGAACCGGUCCCGGUCCCGGUUCCGGGUCCGGCCCCUCCCUCCGUCCCGGCCCCGCGCCGGGAGCCUCCGGCCCCGCGCCGGGAGCCUCCGGCCGGUGACCCGCCGGAGAAGGCCAAGGGUUCGGGCGGCACGGUCCGGCUGGAGCUCACGUUGUUCGAGGCCGACGAGAGGAGCUUUCCGGAGUUCAGCUACACGCAGCUCGUCGACAUCAAGACCAUGCACACUGAAGAAAAAGUCCAAUUGAGCCGAUUUGAAGAGCAAGAAAAGAGGGAGAAUGAAGAGAUCACUGCUACUUUAAGGAAGUUGGAAAGAAAAUAUGGCAAUGAACCAAAGAAGAAGAAGCAGGACCGCAUUCAGGACCUGAUCGAUAUCGGGUUUGGUUACGAUGAAGAGGAUUCCUUCAUCGACAACUCUGAGGCUUACGACGAAUUCGUGCCGGCCGCCAUCACAACCAAAUUCGGUGGAUUCUAUGUAAAUUCGGGCGUGCUUCACUUCCGUCAGGCUUCAGAGGCGGAGGACCUGGCAACAGAAGAGGAAACACUGGACUCUUCAGACCUUUCAACUCCUCGGAAACCCGAGGUCAACGGAGGCCCGGGAGAGCCGACGAUGAAGCGCUGCGGAGAAGAAAGAAACGUGGAUCCGACCUCCAGGACUUUGUCUGAAGCUGGACCGGUUGACGGCGUGAAGAGGAAAAAGAAGAAGAAGAAGAAGAAGGCGACGACGACGACGACGUCCGCCGGCCCGCUGAGCGUCACCAGCAUGUUGAAGAAGUUCCAGAGGGAGAAGGCCAAGGAGCGGCAGAAGACUGAGAGAGCCAGCCAGAAGAGCCCCGUCCCCGGCGAGCCGUGUCCGGCGGACGCGGGCGGCGGGUCGGGCCUGACCGACCCGCUCCUCAGUCUCAUCGGCUCGACCGACGACCACGCCUUCAUCCAAGCGGCCAACGCGGUGGACCUGGACAUCGACCUGGACUCUUUGUUAGAUGUCACCGAACAGACGACGACAACGACGACGUGGCCGACGCCCAAGGCCGAGGCGCCGCUCCUCCGGGCCGGGGCGGACGACGCGAGCCGGGCCUUCGCCGCCCCGCUGGUCCGGCCUCCGGACACCGAGACCAACUCGCUGCCGAAGCUUCACCCGGAGCCGGUCGGGCCCUCGCCGCAGGGGGUCCAGCUGCCCGAGGGCCUCCCCUCCCGCCUGGGAGACAGCAUUCGGAAACUCGUGGCUGUCGCCAAGACGUCGGAGGGAGAGUCGAAGCUGAAGUUCUUCACCCCGGAGAUCAACUCGGUGUUGCUGGACAUCGAGGUGCAGUGCCGCGAGCAGGGCGUCCAUCUCCGCUCCAAGGUCUACACGCACCUGUCGUCCUUCCUGCCCUGCAGCCGAGACACGCUCCUCAAGCGCGUGAAGAAGCUGUUCCUCGCUCAGCGGGAGGACCCCCCCGGCGUGGACGACCCGUUGCAGAAGCUGAGGGAGGCCGUCGGCAGGGCGAUGCCCGAGCAGAUCGAGAGGUUCAACCAAAGCUGCGUAGCGUACGAGCAGAUCAAGACGUUGAGGGCAACGGAGGAGAAGGUGAACUUUGGUCCAGAGGACCACGUGGAGGAGAAAGGCGGGCGAAGAGGAGGAGUUCCUAAGAAGUCCUUCCAGUGGAAUGAGGAGAUCAGGGGGAGCCUGUGUGAGGUGUUACGGGUGAGAAUGGAGCGAUGUAAAACUGAAGGGAAAGGGAGUCAGGAGAUGGAGCACCACCUGAAGACCAUGUUGGACAACGAGGUCAAACCGCUUUGGCCAAAGGGCUGGAUGCAGUCCAGGGUUCUGAUAAGGGAGAGCAGGAAAAUGUUGAGCCUCUUUACGUCAUUACUAGUGAAGCGUGUCCGGCCCGAGAAGAGGCCGCGGCCCAUCGGCGCCCAGUCGGACAGCUGCGGCGUUCCCCACGGCCCUCCGCCACUGAAGCGACUCCUCCGGGUGGAAGACGCGGACGACGACGACGUCGUCGUCCUGAGACCAGACGUCGACGCGCCCCCGCCGCUCGCCACCGAGGACAAAGGAGAGGCGGCACAGGGCGCCGUUUCCCCGCCGCCCGCAGAGGUCAUCGCUGCCGCGACGCCGUCCCUCCUGGACGUCCUCGCCGACCAGGCGCUGGCCAGGGAGCAGCACCCCCUGGUCUCCCAGGAGCUCCUGGCGGCGGCCGUCGCGAAAUACAAACACUCGGUUCAGCGCUGGGGCUUCGGGGGGGACGCCAAGAGCCCCCCGCUGUCCCCUCGCCCCCCUCAGUCCAGCCCGGUCGGCUUCCCGCUCGGCGGGACGUGCCGCGGGGUUCUGCCCCAGCUGGUGCACUUUGGGGACUUUGCCCGGCACAUGGACGCCAGCCACGUGCAGAUCAUCUCGGACGAUGACGACGUCACCAUCCAGUGAUUUUUACGGGUCGGUUUAAAUCACUCGAGCUUUGGGGCGAUUGAGUUGAUUCGGUGCGGAUCCAGCAGGUCUUACUUUGGUUAAAAGCUCAGGAAAAAGCUAGUCUUUUUGGUCAAUAUAAUAUUUUGUAAUUAAAGCAUGAAAUGGCUAAAAUUACCAUCAAUUAUUUUAUUUCUACAAUGACGCGAAGCAAAAGUCAAAACAAGUGUAGGAUCUGUUUUUUUACUUUGCCAAAGAUUGUUUUGGAGACUUGGAAUGUAGAAAAUAAUCAUUUAUCUAAUUUUUUUUGUUUCAUCAGCAACGGACUGGACACAUGUUGGGGUUCUAAUGAAAACUAAACCUGCAGUGGAAAUGAUUAACGAGCUUUAAUCAGUAAGUUUGGGUUCUCAUUUUGUUUGAAUCAGUGUCAUCUGAGGAAAGGUUUCUUACUUUGACCCAUUAGAGGAGAAGUUGCACUUUUACCAAUGAAACAAAGUGACGACUCACUCGUUAUCUUUCACAUGGUUUGAUCAGAAACAUCCCAGAGGACCACCUGUGACCCUACUACGUAUUGAAUGAUUUGAAUAAAUAAUUAUUAAAAGCUUACAUUUUCUGUAACUGUUUUUUAUU